UAUGAAAUAUUGGAUAUCAGGUGAUUCACAUUAGGGAUAAUAUCUAAAUGGUAUGAAAAAUGGAACAGAGAUAUAUUAAUGGGCUAAUUGUAAUAGUUACGAAGGAUUUUAUUUAAAUGUUUAGAUUCAAGGAUUUGGAAAGUACAAAUGGUCAGAUGGUAAAGAGUACACUGGUGAGUGGUUUCAGAAUCAGAUGCAUGGUAAAGGCACCUUUAAAUGGCCUAAUGGAAAUACAUGUGUUGGAGAUUAUAAGGAAAAUAAAAAUGAUGGACAAGAUAUCUUUUACUUUUAAGAUGGUUAAACAUUCAAAGGGACUUUGGUAUAAGGGAAGCAACAUGGUCUUGAUGAGCUUAUAGAACUUGAUGAGAAGGAAAUUGUGGGAAUUUGGGAUUAAGGAAGAUUAGUUUCAAAAGAAUGA